AUUAUUAACAAAAGCUUACCUCAGUUUUGCGUGGACUCUACGGUGCUGGUGCUGUCAAUGAAAGAUGGCGGCUCGAGUCCUUCAGAAGGGUGCCAAUGGCCUGAAUCAGGUUAAAAACAAGGCCCGAACGAAAGGACAGGUCGUCGAUGUGAUCAGGGGCUUGUCAGCAUCUAGUAAUAAACAGCGAGAAGACAGCUGGUUUAAGUCGCUGUUUGUGCGUAAAGUGGAUCCUCGAAAGGAUGCUCACUCUAAUCUAAUUGCCAAGAAGGAGGACCACAAUCUAUAUAAAAUUCAGUUUCACAAUGUGAAGCCGGAGUGCCUGGAGGCCUACAACAAACUCUGUGAGGAGGUUUUGCCAUCCAUUCAUGCUGAUAAGACCUACCCAUGUGAACUAGUGGGAACUUGGAAUACCUGGUAUGGAGAGCAGGAUCAGGCUGUUCACCUGUGGCGAUACCGGGGAGGGUACCCAGCCCUUACUGAAGUCAUGAAUAAACUCAAGAACAACAAGGAGUUCAUGGAGUACAGGCAGGAGCGGGGGAAGAUGCUGCUCUCCCGCAGGAACCAGCUGCUGCUGGAGUUCAGCUUCUGGAACGAGCCUGUGCCCAGAGACGGGCCUAACAUCUACGAGCUCAGGUCCUACCAGUUAAGACCCGGAACGAUGAUUGAGUGGGGUAAUUACUGGGCUCGAGCCAUUGGAUACCGCCAACAAAACCAGGAGGCCGUGGGGGGCUUCUUCUCUCAAAUUGGAAAUCUCUACAUGGUGCAUCAUCUGUGGGCUUACAAAGAUCUGCUGACUCGAGAGAACACCAGGAAUGCUGCCUGGCACCAAGAGGGAUGGGAUGAGGUUGUGUAUUACACAGUUCCCCUGAUUCAGCACAUGGAUUCCAGGAUAAUGAUCCCCAUGAAGGCAUCCCCAUUGCAGUAAUCUCCGACAGCCUCCCGAAAGCUUAAGUCUGGACCAGUUAGGAAUUCUCACUGCCGUCAGUCUCUGCUCCUUUUCAACGAAUGCCAACCAACAUUGACAUCCUUUGUUCUUAAUUUAUUAUGUGUCCAAGUUUUGCACCAGCAAACUGAAGUUAGUACUUCUGAAAGGUACCAAUCUCAUGGAAUUCAGGCAACAUUGCCCCCCACCCACACGAGUUCAUGUCCUUAUUGUAAACGUGCUUCUGAAAGUCUGUGGACCUCGUUAGCCAAACUAUUAAAACCGCCUGAUGAGCAAUGAGUCCAGACAAGAUUCUUGACACGCUGUGUCCAAUUAAAUCUGGUCAGUAGGUCAAAGCUCAUCUAUUAAUGGCACAUACCAAAGUACUGCUUAACAGAGGCGUUCUGUGCAUGCAAGUUGCUGAGGAAUGUCAUAGAUAACAUGUUGCUUUGUCAAGCAAUACUUAAUUCAGUGCACUUUGAAAGGUGCUUAAUGUCCCAAGCAGUAAACUAAGAUAUUUAUGUAUUUAUUUCAUAUUUAUGAAGUGUAAAUAUUAAAUAAAUCUUUAAACGGAAGCACUGCACCAGGGGUAGCCAUAGGCUGUAAUUUUCUCAAUGAAGUUUGCUCGACUUGGCACAUGAUGCAGGAGUGAGGCAGGCCAUUAGGAAAACGUGGGUAACUGUGGUUAUCCUUAACUAGCCUCGUGUCUAAGGACACUACUGUAUAUAGAAUUUAUCUGUUUGUAGAUUAAAUUAUUGAACUUAAAUGGCUUUCACACAAACUGGCCAGUAGUCGAACAACUUAUAUGUUGUCGAUUGUUCCAAAUCAGAAGCACUCAUGAAAAUUGAAAUGUAACCGUUACGAAAGAGUCAUUCAGGUCCACGUAUCAACAGAAUGGCGCCCUGAAAUCCCAUUAUUCUUGUAUUAUCCUUGUGGAUGGAUGAGUGACCGGCUUUAUUCUUCAAUUUAAAAAGCUUAUAUAUUCCUCUUGAGAAAGAUCUUUCUGUCUUUGUUGUUUCAGGGUAUUGAUCUUUUCAUUUUUGUUGUUGAAACAGUCCGUCAUGUCUGGUUUCAGCAAAGGUGUCAGUGCUAAUUUCCGUUUGAUCGCAUAUGCUUUUACUGUUACUGAUUUAACACUGUAAUUCAGAUUUAAGCUGUCAAAUGACCAGGUGGUUGUGGAGUGUAAUGGUGGCAUGCCUCAAUAUGUUUUUAAAUCUAAGAAUUUCAAAGUGACAAGUCAGCACAAACCAUAUGUAAAUGUACUAGUGUGAUUGUACAAUAAAUCUUGAAUGGUACAAAAUA